AGCAAUACCAAUUCUUCCUGGAAGUUCCUCUUUUUGUUUUUCAUCUUCACUGUUCUAAGGUCUUCUGGUUCAUGACAAUCUUUUCAAUUUGGACUUGACAGGUUGAAUGGAUAGGGGUGCUUCUGCACUAAUUAAUUCUACGUUCUCGAGCACUUCCAUGGAUUUAGAUUUUAUAGAUAAACCUUUUGCUCAUGGAUCUUGGCUGCGGACCACUGAUAAGGUCAAUUUCUUGGAGUCAGAUCCCUUCAUUUCUAGCGUUCAAUAUUGUAGCGUUCAAUAUUUGGACUCAUAUCAUCAGUUUUCUCGAAAAGAAAUGGAAAACCUGUUUGACAACCCAACUCCAGUUUAUUCUGGAAUUGGGAAAUGUGUUGUUGAGACUGACACAUGUUUAGUACAAUCUCAAGGUGAAGAAUCCCGCACAAGAAAAUUUUUGAUAGAACCAUAUUGUUCUGUCAAAGAUAGAUUAACGUUAGCUAUUGACUACUUGAAAGAAUAUGUGGAACAUAGAGAUGUGCUUAUUCAAAUAUGGGUGCCUACAAAAAUAGCAGGUCAAAAUGUGCUUACUGCUACUGACCUGCCUUAUUCUCUUAAUCCGAGUUGCUGGAGUUUGGAAAGUUACAGAAAUAUUUCGAAAGCAUUUCAUCUCACAGCUGAGGACUCAAAAGAGUCAGCUGGGUUGCCUGGACGUUUCCUGGAAAAGUUUCCUGAAUGGACUCCUGAUGUUAGAUUCUUCAGGAAUGAUGAAUGUCCGCGAAAAUAUUGUGCUCAGUGUAUAAUAUUAGUGGGUGUCUUGCAUUUGUAUAAUAUUAGUGGGUGUCUUGCAUUGCCGGUUUUCGAACAAGAAAGUGGAACUUGCUUGGCUGUUGUUGAGAUUGUAACGACAACUCAGAAGAUCAAUUAUCAUUUAGAACUAGAAAUUGUCUGUAAAGCUCUUGAGGCUGUCGAUCUAAAGAGUUCGCAAGAUUUCUUUCCUUUUUGUAUAAAGACUUGCAAUGAAUUCUACCAAAUUGCAAUUCCAGAAAUAUCAAAGAUUUUAAAAUCUGUCUGUGAGACUAAUAAUUUGCCUUUAGCUUUGACCUUUAGCUUUGACAUGGGCAUUAUGCAAAACAAAGUUAAUCCUCUCUCUCACCAUGCCAGGAUGUUUAAUUUGCGUGCUGCAUUUGGCCAAUUUCCUCUUGCAAACAUACUACACCGGUUCGAUGGGGAAUUUGAUCUUAGAAUUAUUCUUGCCAAGAAGAUUGCCAAGAUAUUGAAGAGCAAAAGCAUAUGUGGGAUUUCUUGCCCUAUUUGGAUACAAACAUUCUUGCAGGAAUUUCCAUGUUAUUAUGGACAAAGAAAAAGGAAAAUUUUGCUUUUGUUUCAUGGGGGAAUGUUUUUAUUUCUGGAUUUUUUAUCUGAAGAGAGCCUGAAGAAGAGCCGCUUCAAUGUGAGAAGAACAGGGACUAAAGGCAGAAAAGACAAUCAGUUUGCAAAUUCUUCGACAAUAUUUCGCUGGAAGCUAGAUUUCUCAUUGAGCAAAAACUUAAGAGCAGGUGAGAAGAGACAGACUAAGGCAGAAAAGACAAUCAGUUUGCAAAUUCUUCGACAAUAUUUCGCUGGAAGCCUUAAAGAUGCUGCUAAAAGCAUUGGAGUUUGCCCCACUACACUGAAAAGGAUAUGCAGGCAACAUGGAAUCAAUCGUUGGCCUUCUCGAAAAAUCAAGAAAGUUAAUCACUCUUUGAAGAAACUUCAACUAGUAGUCAACUCUAUCCGCGGGGCGGAGGGUCUAAUACGGAUUGAUUCCUUCUAUAAUACCUUUCCUGGAUUGAACUCACAAGGAAAUGAUCAUUUUCCAUCAUUCAAGACAAAUAACAAUUCCCAGAAACUAAACUCACAACCUGACAGUGGCCUACUCAGCCUCAAAGUUGCUGAUUCGAAUUCUCAGUCCCCUUCAGGCAGUCAAAAUUCUGGUUCAAGCAUUUGCUGUUCCACUAAAGCAAAGCAGCUUACUUCCACCACCACUAAUGGCUUGAACACUGCAUUUUCUUUAGCAGUAGAAGUUCCUGUUGUAACGCUGAACAGAAGUUGCAGCAAAGCAGAAUUGCUUUCACCAAAUCAUGACAAAAUCCAAGAAACAAUACCAAAAGUCACUGGUCAAAGUUUUCGAGACGGAAUGAUAUUCAGAGUGAAAGCAACAUUUGGUUUAGAAAAUAUAAGAUUCAGCUUUCAACCGAACUGGGCUUUCAAGGACUUGCAGCAGGAGAUCGCUAAGCGUUUCAAAAUAUAUGAUUUCAGCAAAAUUGACCUGAAGUAUUUAGACAUUGACCAAGAAUCAGUUCUUUUGACCUGUGAUGAUGAUCUUGAUGAAUGUCUAGACUUGCUUAGAUUCUCUCAAACCAACACCCUCAAAAUAUCUCUUUAUCAAUCUUCUCAACCAAAAAUAUAGAAAUGCUGCCUGAAGUUUAUUUAGCAGCACAGGCCUAUUGUAACUGUAAUUCCAUGUUCAGUAAUGUGUUUAAGCUUACAGUAGUUAUAAA